AUGAAUAACCGAGGCUAAAAGCCUACCAUAACUCUUAAUUAUUAUUAUUUAAAUUAAUUUUAAUAUCCUUGCCCAGAAGGCACAUAUUCACCCUUUACUGACAACAAGGAUAUCACUCAAUGUAUUGUUUGUCCAGCUGGCCAUUACUGUCUUACUGGAUCAGCCACUCCUUCAGGGUUGUGCUCUUCCGGUAGUUUCUGCCCCUAAGGUUCUAAAAAUUCGACAUCUCAACCUUGUCCAGGCGGUACUUAUCAACCAUUUGAAGGAGCUAGAUCAAUAGGAGAAUGCUUAAUUUGCCCAUUAGGAAGCUACUGUAGUAAAAAUUCAUCUUCUCCUGUUUAAUGUCCCAAGGGCACUAUUGGAGAUUUCGCUGGACUUGAGUAUUCGCUAAAUUCCACUUAAGGUUGGGGCUGUUCAAUUUGUCCCGCUGGCUACUACUGCCCCAUUCUAGGAAUGAUAGAUCCUUUCCCAUGCGGAACAGGUAAAUAUUCUUAACCUGGCGCAUUGUCUUGUGAUACUUGCAAUUUUGAUCAUUACUGUGCAAACUUGACUACAACUUACGAUGAAAUGAUAGCUAGUAAAUGUGACUUUGGCUUUAAUUGCACAGAAGGUACCUCUGUUAAACCUUUUAACCCCGAUUAUUCCUGCAAAGCUGGCUAUUAUUGUCAAAAAUCAGUAUAGUAUCCAUGUCCUCAAGGUACUUAUAAUCCUGUUAUUGGCGCUGCAAAUUCAUCUUACUGCUUGGAAACUCCUGCUGGAUAUUAUUCAGACAAGGAAGCAUCAACUUAGUACAAAACAAAUAUCUGCCCAGAGGGUUAUUUUUGUCCAAAAGGAUCAAUCUCUGGAAAAGAUUACUAAUGUCCAGAAGGUAGCUACAGGAACAUACAGGGAGCAACCUCAGCAUCUGAUUGUGGAACAUGCCCAACUGGUCAUUACUGCCCAACAGAGUCUAGAGAAGUAUUUGUGUGUCCUCAAGGCUAUUAUUGCCCAUAAAGUUCUGUUUAUGCUAUACCAUGUCCAGUGGGAACUUUUGGAGCAUCAAAAGGGCUUAGAGAGGAAUCUGAAUGUACACCUUGUUAUGCUGGUAGGUAUUGUUCCUAAAAAGGACUUAGUGAACCAGAUGGACUUUGUGAUGCUGGUUACUAUUGUAUCUCAGGUGCUUACACAGCAACUCCAACUGACAAUAUAACUGGCAAUGUUUGUCCUGCAGGUGGUUAUUGUGGUCUAGGAUCUAAAAAGCCUUCUUUUUGCGAACCAGGUAAAUACAACCCAAGCAUAGGAAAGUCUGUAAAAUCGGAUUGCAAAUAAUGUGAUCCAGGAUAUUAUUGUUCAGGGUCAAGUAGCUCAACUCCAACUGGAAAAUGCUAAGCUGGUUAUUACUGCCCUAGUGGUUCAAAAUUCCCGACUGAAUAAAUUGCUUUAGAAGGUUAUAAUACCUCUGCAGGUGCGUCUAUUCAGAAAGAGUGUCCUGCAGGAACUUACAAUCCUAAAUAGGGAUAAAGCUCAUGCCAAAGUUGUCCAGCCGGUUAUUUAUGCUCAACUAAAGGCCUUUCUACUCCAACUGAUUGUGGCUACGGUAAUUAUUGCAUAUAGGGAUCGAGUUCAGUCGAGUAGUGUACAAAGGGUACAUAUAAUGAUGAAUUAAAUGCUAAGUCUGUAGCUGACUGCAAAGCAUGUCCACCAGGCUAAUACUGCUUUUUCCUAGGCUCGAGUAAGCCCACAGGUAAUUGCAGUCAAGGCUAUUAUUGCAAAACAGAAGCAAUUUCAGAUAGUCCAGCAGAUGAUCCAAAUGGUAAAUAUGGUAUUUGCCCUUAAGGUUAUUAUUGCCCUAAAGCUACUGGUGCACCAAUCCCAUGUCCAUCUGGAACAUAUGGAGAAUUUAAAGGUCUCAAUAAUAAGGAUUAAUGUACAGAUUGUCCACUUGGAAAGUAUUGCCAGAGUGGAGGGCUGAAGGAAGCAGAGGGAGAUUGUGAACCAGGCUAUUUCUGCAAUGCAACUAGAACUAAACUCUCUAGACCUAAUAAUACCUUUUGUUUAGAAGGUGAAUACUGCGAAAAAGGAUUCAUAGCUCCUAAAAAUUGCCCAGCUGGUACAUAUCAAAACCAAAAUAAGUCGGAUGUGUGCCAUCCUUGCCCUAAAGGUUACUACUGUCCUGAGAAGACUUCAGAUUUCAGAAAUUAUACAUGUCCCAAAGGUUACUAUUGUCCUUUAUCAACCGGAGAUUACAAGGAUCACCCUUGUCCCAUUGGCUCCUACAAUCCUUAAAUUAAGAGAUCUUCAUUAGCUGACUGUAUACCUUGCGAUCCUGGGAAAGUAUGUCUGAAUGAUACUGCUUAGACAGAACCUAAUGUUAGCUGCCCUGCAGGCUAGUAUUGUACACUUGGAGCUCCAAAUGUUACUGUAGACCCAUCUCUAAAUAUAACAUUAAGAUAUAAUAAGUCUGGAGACACAUGUAAAGUAGGUUAUUACUGCCCUCAAGGGUCUUCAUUUUAACUUCCUUGCUCUCCUGGAUACUAUUGCGGUACAACUGGUCUCUCAACCCCAACUGGACAAUGUGAUGCUGGCUAUUAUUGUGUUGGAGGUGCAAGUAAAAAGAAUCCAACUAUUUUAAGUACUGAUAAAGGAGCUAUCUGCCCGGCAGGUUAUUACUGCCCCUUAGGCUCAUCUUCUCCAUUGGCUUGCCCUGCUGGUACAUUUAACAGUUUGACUUAAAAAGAUGCACUAUCUGAUUGCCUGAAUUGUACUUCUAAAUUCUAUUGUGCUGAUGCUGCAACUGUUACUCCAACACUUAAAUGCCCUGCAGGUUAUUACUGUCCAGGCGGCUCGAGUACCGGAGUUGAAAAUAUAUGUCCAAUUGGAUCUAAAUGCCCACUUGGCUAAGAUCAGCCAAUUGCUUGCAGUGGAACUACUGAGUAUCAAGAUGAACAAGGAAAAAGUACAUGUAAAACUUGCGUUUCAGGCUACUAUUGCAACAAUACUCAUAUCAUUAAAUGCCAACCCUAAAAAGAAUAUAUCUCUUACUAUUGCCCUGGAUCAACAAACAGAAACAAGCAAUUAUGCCCACCAGGUACUUUCACUAACAAAGAUGGAGCUGCUUCAUUGGCAGACUGUGUACAUUGCCCUCCAGGCAAAUACUGUCCUAAUGAUGUAUCAACAUAGAGAAAAAUAAUUGACUGUCCAGAAGGUUAUUAUUGUUUAAGAGGCACUUAUACAAAUUACACUUUAUGUCCUGUAGGCUUUUAUUGUCCAUUAGGCACAAAUGCUCCAAUACCUUGCAAGGCUGGAAUGUAUUGUGAUUAAUAAGGACUCAGUGCUCCUGUAGGAAAUUGUAGUGCAGGAUACUACUGCACUUAUGAAAGUUUUAAUGUUGCUGCAAUUUUAGGUGGAAAGAAAAUUUGCGUUGAUUUCAUUUCAGGAACUAACUGCUAUAGAGGAUCUACUUCUAGUACUUAAAAUUUAUGCCCAAUUGGAGCUUUUUGUCCUGCUGGAUCAGACACAGCCACUCUAUGCCCAAUAGGUACCUACUAAAACAAAACUGGGAUGACCUCAGUAAGUGAUUGUACUAAAUGCGAAAAAGGUUAAUCCUGCCCUCAUAGAGGAAUGACUUCUCCAAGUACAAAUUGCUCAUCUGGUUAUUACUGUCCUGAAGGAUCAACUAGUGAUUAACCCGUUGGGAAUGAAUGCUAGCCUGGCUAUUAUUGUCCUUAAGGAGUUUCUCAAUAAAUUCAAUGUCCAAUUGAUUCAUAUCAGCCGUUCAAAAUGAAAGCAUCAUGCCUAUAAUGUCCCAUUUCUUACUAUUGUCCAAACACUGGCAUGGAUGUUCCCAUGAUCUGCCCUAAAGGAUAUUUCUGUAAUGGUUCACCAUCAACUCUUAAAAAAUGUCCAGCAGGAUAAUUCUCUGAUAUAGAGGGAUUGAAUUCAUCAAGUUAGUGCCAGUUCUGCUUAAACGGCUAAUAUUGUUCCAACGAAGCAUAAGUAACUCCAACUGGAAAUUGCCAAGCUGGGUAUUACUGCUAUGUCAACAACUUAAUUCUAAUUACUUAAUAGAAUCCAUAAUCAACAAUUUGUCCAAAAGGUAGUUAUUGCCCUAGUGGAUCAAUAUUGCCUAUCAAAUGUCCUCCAGGCACAUAUAAUGAUUAGUAAGGGUCAAUAGACAUUAAUGCCUGCAUUAAAUGUGAAGCAGGAUAUAUUUGUGACAAGUAUGGAAUGCAAUCUAAAAGUGAAUUCAAGAGCUGUCCUGAAGGAUAUUAUUGUUUAGAAGGCGCCAAAGGAAUACAAACUCUAGGGGUUAAUGUAUUUAUAUGUCCAAAAGGUUAUUUCUGCAAAAGUGGUAGCAACGAUAAAACUCAAUGCCCUAUAGGAUCAUACAACCCAACAGAAGGAUAAUCUGCAUGUCUUGCUUGUUAAGAAGGGUAUACUUGUGAUUAAACAGGUACCACUGUUCCUGACGAUUGCCCUAAAGGAAAUUACUGUCCAGUCGGCAGCCUAACCCUAAUACCUUCAACUUCAAAUAAGAAGAUAUGUCCUGCUGGAACAUUCAACAGUCUAACUAAUCUUAAAGCCGAAACUGAGUGCUAAAUAUGUCCAAAGGGAAGAUAUUGUGUAGCGGGAGAAACUAAUCCAGAAGGUUCUGGACCAUGCAAUGCAGGAUUUUUAUGCGAUAAUGGAGCAAAGAGUGCUAACGAUACUUCUAAAAAAUGUCCUACUGGCCAUUACUGUGAGAAGGGAGCUCUUUAUCCAAAAUAGUGUCCAGAAGGAACUGAGCAAAAAUUAGAAGGGGCAGUGGACAUUUCCUAUUGCAUUCCCUGUCCAGAGGGAAAUUACACUGACAAGAAAGGAACAACAAAUUGCUCUCGCUGUAUGAAUGGAUUUUAUUGUAUCAAGGGAUCUACAACGCCAAAGCCAACUGAUGGAACAAUGGGAAGACUAUGUGAUGCUAAUCAUUACUGCAUAAGUGGUCUCGAGUACAAAUGCUCAAGUUUCUCAUAUUAGAAUAUCAAAGGUCAAUCAUCCUGCUAGAGCUGUCCAAUUGGAUACAAUUGUAAUGUAAGUUACAACCUCGGCUAGGCUGAUCCACCUUUAUGUGAAAAGGGGUAUUUCUGCAAUAAAGGAUAUCAAGAAAUAUGCCCUAUUGGAACUUAUGGAAAUUCAGUUGGAUUAGAAUAUGAUCAUCAAUGCACACCUUGUCCAACCGGGUAUUACUGUAAAAAUGGAAGGUAUGAUAUUAAUUAAACUUGUGAUGCUGGGUUUUUCUGCAAAUCAGGAGCAAAAUCUAAUAAUGAUACGAACAACUAUUGCCCAGCAGGUUUUUAUUGUGAGUAAAGUGCCACUUAAAUGCCAAUUAAAUGUCCAAAUGGAACAUUUUCAUUAGCAGGAGCAUCUAGUGUUGAUAAUUGCACUGAAUGCCAAGAGGGUUAUUAUUGCAUGGACGGCAGUGCUGAGAAAUUUGAUUGUCCUGAGGGCUCCUACUGUCCGCCUGGAACUGGAAAUCCAGUGCCUUGUCCUAAAGGAACGUAUGGAGGGAAAAAGAAUUUGAAAAGAGAGUAUGAUUGUUCAACAUGUCCAUCUGGAUCUCUAUGCAAUACAACAGGAAUCGAGAACCCUAGUGACUUUCUAUGUCCACCAGGAUAUUAUUGCAUUAGAGGAUCGUUAGAACCAGUAGCUUGUCCCGUAGGAUACUAUAGAGCCUUUAGAGGAGGUUCAUCAAUUAACAGCUGUUUAAGAUGCGAUCCAGGAUUUUACUGUGCCAAUGAAGCAUAAGUUGUUCCUAUUGUUUGUCCUAAUGGUACUUACUGCCCAUCUGGAACAUAAUCUCCAAUUGGUUGUCCAGCUGGAUAUUACUGCCCUUCAAAAUCUUCAACACCAAUAAAAUGCCCUACUGGAUUCUACUGUCCAGGAAGAACAGAAUUUUACUUCAAAUGUGCAAAUGGUACGUAUUGCCCCCCUGGCACAUCAAUUCCUAUCACUUGUCCUGGAGGUAAAUUUGGAUCUGGUGUAGCAAAUAACACAAAUGAAACAGUCAGUUGUGACACUUGCGGUAGAGGUCAGUAUUCUACUUAAGAAAUGUCAGGAUUAUGUAUGGAUUGUACUCCAGGGUAUGUAUGUCUUGGAAGUACUAAUGUUGAGAGGCCAACAAGUAUAGAAGUAAAUAAUGGUUAUAUUUGCCCACCAGGCCAUUAUUGCCCUCUCGCAUCUUACAGAGAAGUUGCUUGCCCAAUUGCAACUUAUAAUAAAUAUGAAGGAAGAGAUGAUAUCACAGAUUGCUUACCAUGUAAAGCUGGCUACUAUAAUGAUAUUAUUGGAUAAUCAGGUUGUAAGUAAUGCGGUCCCUCUAGUUCUUCUGCUGAGGGUUCAUCUACCUGCUCUUGUAUUGGAAAGAACAGAAGAUUUGCUAAAUCUAUUGGCGCUUGUCUAUGUGAGUCUGGGUUCAAACCAAAGGAUGGUAAAUCAGAUUCUGAUUCUAUAGUUGAUUGCGAAGCCAACAACAAAUAAACUUGCGCUGAUGGUCAAGAAAUCGAUCUAGAAGGAUACUGCGUCGAUUCAGAAGAUAGUAUCUGUAAAGCUCAAUGUGAUGGUUCUAAUGGUUCAAUUGUAAGUGGCACUGGUCUCUGCUCAUGCAGUUCUCUUGUAGUUGCCGAUUAAGUCUGUGAUGCAACCUGUCGAUCUAAAUAGCCAACUGCGACAUUAGAUUCAUCAGGAAACGUAGUUAUCUAUGAUCCAAAGACAAAUAAAACUUAGACAACAGACCCUUCAACAAUUAACGGAUAUGUCGGAGACUUUAAGUGCCAAUCAGCUAACUAAUCUGACUGUAAAGUUUACUCUGUGGGAAAAUCUGACUCUGGCGAUUUUACCUAUGACUAUUCGACUAAUUAAGAAGUGUUGUUUGCUGCUGGUCUCAGAACAUCCCUUAGAAGACAACUUCAGUCAACCACCUCAGCUAAUGUUAUAACAAAUCCAGUUAUGUGUAUUAAAUAAGGAAAUGCUGUUCUAUUCUCAGUAAACUCCUACAAACAGCAGUAUCCAGUCUACUAUAAAGACUCUAUUCUGAAUACCAAUCAAAACUUUGACUAUGGUCCUUUCCUAGAGCUCUAGUCAUCAAUCUAAAGAGGAACAGUGAUAAAUGCUUUCUCGUAUAUUUUCAAAGAUGCAGGCAUCUACGUAUUCAAGGAUUCAAGUGAUUCAAAUAAAUAUACUAUCCUUGGUGUUGUUGCAUCUGAUUAGGAAUGCUCAAACAAAGACGCCAAUGUUUAAAGUACAACAGCAGCCUCUCUUUCUAGUAUUGGCAUUGUGUCUCAACCAAAGAUAGUAAAUCCUCAAUGGUCAUUUAUUAUUGGAGUGUUUGUCUUCAUCCUUCUAUUCUCCUUUGGAAUUGUUACUUUCAUUAUUGUGAUGCACAAUAGAAAUUCAGCUUAGAAUAUCAAAUCUUCAGACAGCAACACAAAGAAGAAUAACAUCUAUUAUGAAAAAUUGAAUCAAAUGGAAAAAGAAGAUUUGCGAAAGACUAAAUGGUACUAUUGCCUAUGUAAAAAGUUUAAUGAUCUCGCUAACCAAGCAGCUAAAGUUUAGCCCACUGACUCUUCAGGAGAUGUAUCGUAUGGUGAUUUGGAAAAAUUACUUGCAGAAUUUAAGGAAUCAAUGGAUGUUCUUAAAUAGAAGAUGAAGGAAGAUGGAGAGAAAGCCGAAAGUUAGGAGCCAUAAUUGGAUGAGGAGAAAAAUGAAGAAGAUGUUCUAAUAGAUGAAUUAAACUAACUAAGAAAAUUUGUAAAUGACAAUAAGGAAUGUAUAGAGGACUUCUUUGGAAUCAAGAGAGACAAAAGAGACGAUGAAGAAGAGAACGACGAAAAUGAUGAGUUAAAUGAUAGCAGAGAUAUCAAUGACUUGGACAAUCCUCAUGAUGAAAUGUCUGAUUUACUAAGAGAUCAAUAAAAUUAAGAGCAACAGAUGAUGAAUAAGAUGAAGGAAAAUAUGAAUCAGUUGAAAGAGCAACUUAUUAUUUAGAUUAAGGACUAAGGUGAGGACGAAAAACAGAAAAUGAUAGAUGAUUACAAAUUUAAGAUUGAUUCCAUGAAUCUUUCUGAGCAGGAGAAGAUUGAACUCCUAGAUGAGCUAGAACAUAGAUUGAAUAAGGUUAAUGAUAUCUUACAGUCAGAGGAAGCCAGUCAAGAGAAGAAACUUUAAGAUGCACUUGCUAAGAGAAGAAAGAAGAAGGACGAACUUACAAAGGUUAUGGUGACAUUGAAUAAUCUCAAACAAGACGAUACCAAGUAAUUUAAUGAGCAGAUCGAGAAGAUUGCUUAGAAAGAGAAAGAAGAGAUGGCUCUUAUGGAGAAGGAUAUUGAGAAGGAGAAAAAUCAAGAGGCGAAAGAAAUUGAAAAGCAACUUUAAGCUAACAAGAGUGAGAGACUGGCAGAGAUGGAACGAAAACUGGAAGAAAUGAAGAGAAAUAAGGAAAGUAAGGAUUGGGACAUUGAAUUCGGAGAUUUGCUUAAUGAUUAUGGAAAGCUUGUCAAAAAUGUUGAAAUGGAAAUGGAGUUUGAAAAAGCUAAACAAAUGAAAGAUCUAGAAGAAAGAAUCAGAAGAAGAAAAGAGAUGAAAUAAAGAGAUGUCUAAGAGUAAAGAAAAGAAAGAGAGUAGAAAUUCAAUGAGCAGCUUAAUGAUAAGAGCAAGAAUCUUGGAAACUAGAUUGAACAAAUAAAGCAGCUCCUCAAGCCAGUUGUAAAUGAGGAUCUAAGAAUCCAAGCACUUCUAGACUCUGAAGAUAUUGUAAGGCCAUUAGAAAGGAGCACAGACGUCACUUAAGAUUACCGAUCUAACUAGUCUUAAGCAGCACCUUUCCAAAAGCAAAUUGAGCUUGUAGCUGAGGAGGAGGACUAGAAGAUUAACAAUUUGCUUGAAGACAUGAAGAAACAAGCAGAUAGAUAAAAUAAGGAUCACGAACUUUAGAAGCAGACUCUACUUAGGAAAAUUGAAGAAGCCACUGACAGCAAAGAGAAACAAAGACUAAUGGACUAAUUUGAGAAACUUAGAAAGAAUAUUGACGAGAUUUAGAACAGAGAAGCUGAAGAGCAAAACCAAAAGCUCAGAGACGCUCUGCUUAAUAGAAAAGCUAGAAAGCAAAAGAUUAAUUCAAAGGUUAAGGAGGUUCAGUAGGAGAGUGUGCUGAAGUAAGUGGAUGAAAGAACUAAAGAGUUACUUGACAAGAACUUAUAAAAGGAAUCUGUAGAGGAUGAUGUCAAGAACAUGGCUGAAAAACUCAAAUCUAAAUUCGAGAAAGAUGAACUCAUUCAAGUCGCUGAAAACUUCCUCGAUCAAAAGCACCUAAGAGAUUUACAAGAAUACAUGCUUGCAUUAUUUGAUGAAAGAGCUAAGGCUCUAAGGAAAUACAUCUUUGAUCUUAUGACUCAGAAAUAAACAGAAUUGGAGCUUAUCAAGGAAGAAUUUUAACCUCAAUAUGACUUCUUGAAAGAUAAGAAAGCCAAGGGUCUUAUUACUGACUCAUAGUACAGAGAUAUGAUGGCUAAGCUACAAGAAGAAGAAAGUGACAAGAGAAUAGAUGCUGAGAUCUAGAUAAAGGAAUUAGAGCAGAAAAUGGAGGAGGAGUUAAUGAUCUAAAGUGUCAAGAACAGAGCUGAUGUAGAAUAAGCAUUAAAGGAUAAGCAAGCAGAUGAGAAGGUGAAGAUGAUUGACUUCUUGAUAGGAGAUAACUAGAACAAUGAAACCAUUAAGCAAUAUCUUGAGAGAGAGAAGAAAGGCACAUUGAGGGAGCUUGUAGACUUCAAAAAGCAGAAGGACCAAGAAAAACAGAAAAAACUGAAGGAUAUUGAAGAGAUGAGAGCUAAUCGUGAACAAGAGUUGAGGGAAAAAGAAGAAAGAAUGCUAAACUGGGAAGAUAAAAUGAAACAAGAAGAAGCCAAACAUAUGCAAGCAUUUGAAAAGCAAAAGAAUGCCAUUAUAUCAAAGAAACUCAACGAGCAGAAAGCAGAACUCUUAAGAGAAGUGAAUAAAGACGAAAUAAGCAAAUUACUUCAAUAGCACAAGAGAGAUAUUGCUAAUCUUGAGACGGCGUUACAGAAGGAAUAGGAGAGACAAAUGACAAAUAUGAGGAAAAAUGUUGGUGAAAGACUUAAAGAUCAGGAGACUGGCAAGAUCAAAAGAGAAAUCAAAAUGGCUCAGUUAAUCAAAGAUAAGAGUGCCAGAUAAAAGGAGAUGCUAAAUGUAAGCAUGGCUAGUUCAUAAGUCAAAUUUGGCUCAAAUAGAGCUGAGACCAAAGAAGAGUAGAUGAAGAAAAAUAUUGAGAAAAUUAAAUACAUGCAACAAACAGUAGACAAGAAAGUUUACUUUGGAGGCAAACUCUUCGUCAAGGAUCAUUAAGUCAAGAAGAUGGAGCUCAUCAAGAAAUUACUUAAGAAGGAUGAUUUAAGUUCGAUAUAAUAGAGCCUGCUUGAGCAGCAAUCAAACAUGAUUCAAAGUGUAGCAAGACUCUAGAGUCAGUUCAGUGAUGAUAGCUUGUUGCAAGACUCAGUAUCAUCCUACGCUACUGGAAACUUAACAUUCAAAGAACUAAUUGACCAUGUCAAUAAAAUUGAGGAUAACUAUCAAGAGAUUUCUAAAAAUAUCUUGAAUAGACCAUCAAUUCACACAAAUGAAUGA